AUGCGUCACAGUAAGGACUUCCUGUCCACUAAACAAGUUAUCUUAUCAAUGCGUCACAGUAAGGACUACCUGUCCACUAAACAAGUUAUCUUAUCAAUGCGUCACAGUAAGGACUACCUGUCCACUAAACAAGUUAUCUUAUCAAUGCGUCACAGUAAGGACUACCUGUCCACUAAACAAGUUAUCUUAUCAAUGCGUCACAGUAAGGACUACCUGUCCACUAAACAAGUUAUCUUAUCAAUGCGUCACAGUAAGCACUACCUGUCCACUAAACAAGUUAUCUUAUCAAUGCGUCACAGUAAGGACUACCUGUCCACUAAACAAGUUAUCUUAUCAAUGCGUCACAGUAAGGACUACCUGUCCACUAAACAACUUAUCUUAUCAAUGCGUCACAGUAAGGACUACCUGUCCACUAAACAACUUAUCUUAUCAAUGCGUCACAGUAAGGACUACCUGUCCACUAAACAACUUAUCUUAUCAAUGCGUCACAGUAAGGACUACCUGUCCACUAAACAACUUAUCUUAUCAAUGCGUCACAGUAAGGACUUCCUGUCCACUAAACAACUUAUCUUAUCAAUGCGUCACAGUAAGGACUUCCUGUCCACUAAACAAGUUAUCUUAUCAAUGCGUCACAGUAAGGACUUCCUGUCCACUAAACAAGUUAUCUUAUCAAUGCGUCACAGUAAGGACUUCCUGUCCACUAAACAAGUUAUCUUAUCAAUGCGUCACAGUAAGGAUUUCCUGUCCACUAAACAAGUUAUCUUAUCAAUGCGUCACAGUAAGGACUUUCUGUCAAUUAAACAAGUUAUCUUAUCAAUGCGUCACAGUAUGGACUUCCUGUACUCUAAACAACUUAUCUUAUCAAUGCUUCACAGUAAGGACUUCCUGUACACUAAACAACUUAUCUUAUCAAUGCGUCACAGUAAGGACUUCCUGUCCACUAAACAACUUAUCUUAUCAAUGUGUCACAGUAAGGACCUCCUGUCCACUAAACAAGUUAUCUUAUCAAUGCGUCACAGUAAGGACUACCUGUCCACUUAA